GUUGCAGACACCUCUGCGACGCCAGCUUGAAAGCCGCCGGCGGGCUGGGAUUUAGCUCCACUUUAUCAACUCCCAACCCCCCACCCAUCUCAACCGCAACUCCAACUCUGUGAGAAAGUCCUGACUUUGCGGAGCCCCAGGUGCACUGGAGCUCAGCAAACUUGAGACACUUCCCCCCUGUCCUCCAUCCUAAUCUAAGUUUAGGUUCUGACUGAGCCAAGAGUGGGUGCUAAAGCAGCGGGCCUCAGGUGUCUAGGACUCCGGGUCCUUGGGGACUCUCAGGUUGAAGUCUUGCAGAGUCUGGGCAGAGGCUCCAGAGCUUCUCCCAGACCCCGCUGCUCUACACCGCUGGAACCGCGCUUCAUCGCAGCAUGGCCACCAGCCUUGGUGCAGACAGUCCACAGCAGCUGAGCUCGCUGUCUACCCAACAGACCACUCUUCUGCUACUCGUUUCGGUCCUGGCCAUCGUGCACUUAGGUCAGUGGCUGCUGCGCCAGUGGCGACGGAAACCGUGGUCCUCGCCCCCGGGUCCCUUUCCUUGGCCAUUGAUCGGAAACGCGGCGGCUGUUGGCCGGGCAUCGCACUUGUACUUCGCUCGCCUUGCGAGGCGCUAUGGCGACGUUUUUCAGAUCCGUCUGGGCAGCUGUCCCGUGGUGGUGCUGAAUGGCGAGAGUGCCAUCCACCAGGCUCUGGUGCAGCAGGGCGGCGUCUUUGCGGACCGACCUCCCUUCGCCUCUUUCCGUGUGGUGUCUGGUGGCCGCAGCCUGGCGUUCGGCCACUACUCAGAGCGCUGGAAGGAGCGGCGACGUGCGGCCUAUGGCACGAUGCGUGCCUUCUCCACCCGCCACCCGCGCAGCCGCGGUCUCCUCGAGGGCCACGCGCUGGGAGAGGCUCGAGAGUUGGUGGCAGUGUUGGUGCGGCGCUGCGCCGGUGGCGCCUGCCUCGAUCCGACGCAGCCGAUCAUAGUGGCGGUGGCUAAUGUCAUGAGCGCUGUAUGCUUCGGCUGUCGGUACAACCAUGACGAUGCCGAGUUCCUGGAGCUGCUCAGCCACAACGAGGAGUUCGGGCGCACCGUGGGCGCGGGCAGCCUGGUGGACGUGCUGCCCUGGCUGCAGCUUUUUCCCAACCCGGUGCGCACCAUCUUCCGCGAGUUCGAGGAGAUCAACCGCAACUUCAGCAACUUCGUCCUGGACAAGUUCCUGAGGCACCGAGAAAGCCUCGUGCCCGGGGCUGCUCCUCGAGACAUGAUGGACGCCUUCAUCCUCUCCGCCGAAAAGAAGGCGUCUGGGGACCCUGGUGACAGUCCCUCCGGGCUGGACUUGGAGGAUGUGCCUGCCACUGUUACAGACAUCUUUGGAGCCAGCCAGGACACCCUUUCCACCGCGCUGCUGUGGCUGCUCAUCCUCUUUACCAGAUACCGGGAUGUGCAGGCCCGCGUGCAGGCCGGUUGGACCAGGUUGUGGGAGGGACACGCCUGCCCCUGCAUGAGUGACCAGCCCAAGCUACCAUACGUCAUGGCUUUUCUUUAUGAAUCCAUGCGAUUCACCAGCUUUUUGCCUGUCACCAUUCCACAUGCCACCACUGCCAACACCUUUGUUUUAGGCUACUACAUCCCCAAAAACACGGUAGUUUUUGUUAACCAGUGGUCUGUGAAUCAUGACCCAGCAAAGUGGUCUAACCCAGAGGACUUUGAUCCGGCCCGCUUCCUGGAUAAGGACGGCUUCAUUAACAAGGCACUAGCCAGCAGCGUGAUGAUAUUUUCAGUGGGCAAACGACGGUGCAUCGGCGAGCAGUUGUCUAAGACGCUUCUGUUUCUCUUCAUCUCCAUCCUCGCUCAUCAGUGCAAUUUCAAGGCUAACCAAAACGAGCCCUCAAACAUGAGUUUCAGUUACGGCCUGACCAUUAAGCCCAAGUCGUUUAAAAUCCAUGUGUCUCUCAGAGAGUCCAUGCAGCUCCUUGAUAGUGCUGUCGAGAAGCUGCAAGCUGAGGAAGCUUGCCAGUGAGAGAGAGAGGCCGGAGGUAGCUGAAAUGUUCGAAGAAAACCCAUCUCAUUAACUGGAGAGGAAAACACAGAUUUUAUUUCCUCCAGCUUCAUUUUGGCCUCAGUUCUCAAGAGUGAGCGGAAACCAAGAGGCGGGCUUACCAAUUCAUGGCUCCUCACCGGCCAGCGCUGGAGAUCCUGAAGUAUUUUGAAAUUGAAGAGUAACAGGGCCCAAGGAAUUUGGAUACUGUUCCCCCCUCACCCCCAUUAAACACAUGCACACAAAUCAGCAUGUGUGUACAGCUAUCCAACAAAAUAUUUCAGUAACUCUGCCUUUUUGGGUCGAUUUGAAAGGGAACUUCUAUGUGCAGAAAUUGCCCCAUAGGAAACCACAGUAAGCAGAGGCUUAGGAG